UUUAGGCGAGUUGUUUUUAGCUUUUUUGGGUUGGCAUGGCAACACUGUUCAGUUGCUCUUUUUUACGUCAAGCUUGUUGUAAAGUGCGGACGAAAUAGUUUUAAAAAUGGGAAAAGUGAAGUGUUCAGAGUUGCGCACGAAGGAUAAAAAAGAGCUUUUCAAACAGCUAGAAGAGCUCAAAACUGAACUAACAAGCUUAAGGGUGGCUAAAGUUACUGGUGGUGUAGCUUCAAAACUGUCUAAAAUACGUGUUGUACGAAAAGCAAUUGCCCGUGUAUACAUUGUUUAUCACCAAAAGAUGAAGGUUAACCUUCGCAACCAUUACAAAAACAAGAAAUAUAAGCCCUUGGAUUUGAGGCCUAAGAAGACCAGAGCCAUGCGUAAAGCUUUGACUAAACAUGAAGCCAAAAUCAAGACAAGGAAAGAGAUCAGGAAAAAGUCUCUUUUCCCUCCUAGAGUUUAUGCUGUAAAGGCUUAAAUUAAAAUAACUACAAGAAA